ACGACCACUUCGAUUCAUACCAAUAAAUGUCGCAAUGAAUUCAAACUGUCCGAUUGCAUUAUGUGUUUUACUCAAUUUGAUAUUACUAUGUCACGGAUUAAACACAGGAAGAUAUAAACGAUAUAAUGUAGCAAGAAAUGGUAACAAUGUUGGUUUAGGAAUUGGUUUUCCUGAAUCCGAAGAGCAGAAUCCGGACACUCAACAUAAAUUACACAAGCAGCCUGUUCAAUUUCCAUCAAAAUGUAAGGAUGGUGAACUGUACUAUCCCGGUGAUCAAGGCGAUGAUUGGGUAUGCGAUUGUAAACCAGGAUAUGUUUUCUAUCCACCGAGCAGUCAGUGUUUCGCAGCUUUUAAAAGAGGUCCAUGCAAUGCAGGCAAUUAUCUAGUUUUGCCCAAAUCAAGUGUGAUACCGGAAUGCGUUCGAAAUCCGUGCGUACAUGACAAUUUUGUAAGCUUCAGGGGUAAUUGCUAUCAGCUGGACAAGUCCGGCCCAUGCCCAGUACCAGAGCUAAUGAAUGUGAUCGGUGUUAACGAGACCACGUUGGAGAUUAUUUGUACGCUGGGUUAUACAGCGAAUGAGGUGUUUAAUACAGCAACACGGUUUGGCGGGAGUACUGAGAAACCGAGCAAUCAAUCGACGCCAUCAGAUAACAACUCAACUACACCCGCACCCGAAGUCAUUUUCUACUAUCGAAAGGAAUGUUUCAAGGGUGGCAAACGAUGGAAGGAGGAGAAGUGUCCACAACAAAAUGAACAGAAAAAUAUAGAUGACAUAUUUGGAAAGUUAUUUGAGUGAUUUAAAUCUCACCAGAUUUUAAUUUUAACUAUUACCCUUUUUUUAUACAAAUAAUAAUACAUAUUUUCAAAAUAAAUCCAAGAAAAUCGGAUAAGAAGAGUA